GACCGCCGCGGCUGCAGCAGCUUCUCUUACAAUUGCCAACAUGGUUGUUUCAGAGAAUGGCACAGCUGCGCCUCUUACGCCGAUAACUCCCAUUACGCCUAACGACAUUCCUAUCUCUAGCAGCAGUGCUGCGCCUGACAGUAAGAGCGCGAGGGUUGUUUUGACACAGAAGAUAUUCAAGAAGCGCGAGCGAGAAGCCAAAGAGAAGGAAUAUGCAGAUGGCCAGCACCCGAAUAUGAUAUAUGGGGUUUGGCAUUGCUCGAACUGUGGUUGCCCAGAAAGCAUAGCUGUGGGCAGUAGAAAGGGUCCACUCGGUGACAAGUCGCAGUGCGGCACAUGUGGCAAGUUCUGGCAUCGACAUCGUCGGCCCCGUCCAGUCGAGUACAACUCGGAUGCUGAGUAUCAUCUCAACCUCGUGAGGGAAGCUGAACAAGUGAGGGUGGCCGCCAAGCGCAGGCAUCCUCCAGCUUGGGCAGUCGACGAACGGGCGAAACGAGGGCAGGACGACGGUGAAGUGCAGCCAGCGACACCUGUUCGUCCCAACAGCGAGACUUGGGUGGACGUGCCCCCUGCUCCGCAGACCGUCGCCACAACGAGCGACUCGAAUCAAGCGGCUUCGCCUGUCUCGACGGCGUCUAGUGCGUCUGAGUCGCCUCUCGCGCAACGGAUUGCUAGAACGAACGGCGCUGGGCAUUCACGCUCGGCUCCUCCUGACGCAGAGCCACAACAAGCUGCACUUUCUGCAGCGCCCCCUACAGCAUCUCCACAACCGGCUCGUCCUUCUGCCCCUCCGAAUUCAUCACAGCCGAUCUCCGUGCCACGAUGGCUGAAGGAUGCCAUGAAGGAGAUGCAGGCGAGAUACCCUGAUGAUAGAUUUGAGGUGACACAGCGAAAAGGCAACCCCUUCGAGUUCCGCCUCAAGUGUCUGGAUUAGGCGUGCUCAAUUCUUAGAGUUCGGCACGCCAGUUCAGUUCGUCGACCUCAAAUACCGAGGGGACGGCGAUGCCGAGCAAAUGCCGAGUAUUAUGUAAGCCAAGUGGCUCGUGGGAACGCUAGGCAGGGAACAGGAGUGGUGAGAUUAUUUCCGAAGGAUUGCUUUACAUUUUCUCGAUUUUUAUUGCCAUCUCCCGUCGCACCUUCCCUAGUGCUCUGGUUUACCAUGGAUUGCAACAUGUAUGCACAGAGUUGCUUAGCCUGAAUGUUAAAAUGCUUCCAAGC